UGUCUACUUUCAAUUUCAAGAAGGAAAUUCUGGCAGGAUGUUAUGCCGCCGGUUGCAUCAGCAUCAUGCCCAAAUAAAAAGGUUUUCAAAACAUAUAUGCGUACGAAACCUGAAUACAGGUUAUCAGGCAGUGGAUAAGUUGGCGGAUACAGCUACGUUUGGGAAGAUAGACAGCAUCAUCCAGUGGUAUGAAGACAAAUUUGGACUGUCAGAAGUACGGCAUGCACAAGAAGAUGCCAUCAAAGCUCGACAAAAAUGCAUGGACCUUCAAAAGAAACGAAGGGAGCAUGUGAAAGAAUAUUUGGACAUCCAGAAAGAAAUGGAGAGUAUUGUGAGAGAAAUUAUGAAAACUGAGAGAGGAACAGAUCGUUAUGUAGAGUUAGCCAUACAGGAAAAUGAAAUAAUCAAACGAAAAAAUGAUAUUAAACCCUACCUAGAAAUGAUGGAGGAAGAGGAAAAAUUAGCAUUCGAUUAUUACAAUUCCAAGGUCAGUGAAAGCCACGAGAAAGAAAGACUACGGACAGAAAAUUUCAAGUUGUACUAUCUGUGUUGGUCCAUUGCUGCAGUGGGUCUAGGUUUGCUAGCCAACUUCAUAUACAACAGACACAAAAACAAAGAAUUCAGGGACAUUGUGCUGUCUGCGACUGGAAAUUCUGAUGAUUACAAGAAAAUGACCAAUCAGUUAAUAUCUAUUGUUCAAGACCAGCAGAAGGAGAUCAGAAAAUUUUUCAGUGACAUCACCGGAGCACAGAGGAACCCUGAAAAUCUCAAGGACCUUCAGAGCACUGCUAAAGCAAUGGCAACAGAAAAUAUAGCCGAAGCUCUGCAAGUAAUUCGCACAGAUCAGGAAAGUUUACUGAAGGAAAUAAAAGAGAUGAAGAAAGUUGUUGCUAUACAUGAAGCAAAGUCAAAUUCUGACAAUGUUGUUUAUAUAGGACCUGAAGUUAAAGACUUACUAUGUGAAACAGAGAGUAACAUUCAGAGAACUUUAACAAUAGGCUAUGCAGUGACAACUGUAUUAGGUGUUGUAGGUAUAGCCAUUCCUAUUGUAAUGAAACUGUUCAAAGGUGACUAACAACUCUGAAUAGAGUACUAAGUUAAUUAUUAUGUUAAUUACAUGCUAAAUUCAUAUUAUUAAUAUAGUAUGUCUGCCUUAUGUGUGCAAAUUAAAAAGAAUAUUAAAUAUUCUAGGA